AGAUUUGAUUAUAUUUUGCUCAUUUGUUUGUGUGGAUUUCUUGAUUUUUCAUGUGUUUGCAUUUGUGAUUAUUAGACAUAAAAGUGAUGCAAGCUGAUAUGCUAGAGCUACCUUUUGACGAUGAAUGUUUUGAUUUGGUUAUCGAGAAAGGAACUAUGGAUGUAUUGUUCGUGGAUAGCGGUGACCCAUGGAAUCCAAAGCCGGAAACGAUGUCCAAGGUGAUGUCCACAUUGAAAGGUGUUCACAGGGUUUUGAAAGAAGAUGGCAUAUUUAUCUCAAUAACUUUUGGCCAGCCACAUUUCAGGCGCCCUAUAUUUAAUGCACCAGAUUUCACCUGGUCUGUUGAGUGGACUACUUUUGGUGAAACCUUUCACUAUUUUGUCUAUGUUCUAAAGAAGGUUAGUCAUCCAUCUAGCCUUAUUUUUCAUUUUGUCUUUGAUACUAAAAACAAUUGUCUGUUUGUUGCUAUAUUAUUAAGGUAUUGCAUCCAAGGCUUGAACAAACUCCCCAGAUAUCACGUUAUAAAAUGA